AUCCUCAUCCCCGGGCAUCUCCACCCAGAAGGAGCAGCUGAGGAUUGCCCCACUGAAGGGGAAUCCCCCGUGGCACCAAGCCACGGCACCUGCCUCCCUCCCCUGCCCGCCUCCCUGCCUGCCGGCAGCACGCCAGAGGUUAAAGAACUCGUUCUUGACAACUGUAGGUCAUACGAAGGCAAAAUCGAAGGCCUUACAGAUGAGUUUGAAGAGCUGGAAUUCUUAAGUACAAUCAACGUAGGCUUAACCUCAGUUGCAAACUUACCAAAGUUAAACAAACUUAAGAAGCUCGAGCUAAGCGACAACAGAAUCUCAGGAGGACUGGAAGUGUUGGCAGAAAAGUGUCCAAACCUCACGCAUCUAAAUCUAAGCGGCAACAAAAUAAAAGAUCUCGGUACAAUAGAACCUCUG